UCCCACACCAACUAGUUUCAGUGAAUGGAGAGACAACGUUCAUAUAAUGGAAGAAGAAGAAGAAACGAAGACGAAAACCCCAAAAUAACCUCACAGUACACGCUCCAGCGCUCUUCGUCUCUGCCACCGCUCGCCAGAGCUCCUCCGCCUCCGAACGAACUCAAACUGGCCGCGAUCGCCGUCGAUUUGAACGUGCGGCUGAGAUCCGCCGACAUGCCUCUCGCGAUGCAAGAGCGAGCUAUAAGGAGAGCUAGAGCUCUACUCGACGCCAAAAAACCGGAUAAUGCCAAACGAUCCACUCCCAAUCCCACGCGCCUCGCCAUGUGCCUUAAGAAGGAAUUCGAUGCGCUGUACGGACCGGCGUGGCACUGCGUCGUGGGGAAGAGUUUUGGGUCGUUCGUGACGCACGGCGGCGGCGGGUUUUUGUACUUCUCGGUGGACAAGUUUUGUUUUCUCCUCUUCAAGACGGAGGUUCGUCCGCUUCUUAAACCUCCUUCCCUACUCAGAUUGAAAACCAGUAAUUAAAAUGCGUAAUGCUGUGGGUAGACACAGAAAUUUCGUUUUGUUCUUCCAAUUUGAAUCUUUGUUUUCCUCCUCCAUCAUCAAAUCAUCUGGGCUUUCGCGUAAUC